AUGUUGACAAGGAGGAACAUGUCAGAAGGCACAGAAGAACGACAUGGAUUGAUGUCUUCUGGCAUUAGAGGCAUGUCUCCGCGACGUAAAAUACGACAUUGGCAAAAACUUUUCAGGCUAAAGCUUGGACGUCAUAUGUUUUGGGGCUUAAUGGUUUUGGUUUUUAUGUGUGUCAUUGCCAAGUUUGUGUUGUUGAAUAUGUUUUCUGAACAGUUGGACUUUGAUCCUAUAAAUCAUACAAAUGUCCUAAAGCACCUACCGUCACCAACAAAGUCACCGACUUUCAAAAUAUGGAAGCAUCCCGACAGUAACAACUACCACAAAUGCAUUGAUUCAGCCAAUAGUCACAGGAAGGGAAAUGCGACCAAUGGUUACCUUCUGGUGCAUGCAAAUGGAGGGUUAAAUCAAAUGAGAGCUGGUAUAAGUGACAUGGUUGCUGUUGCAAAAAUCAUGAAAGCCACUUUGGUUUUACCUACAUUAGAUACUAAUUCCUUCUGGACGGAUUCAAGUGAUUUUAAGCAAAUUUUUAACUGGAAGAACUUCAUGGAAGUUUUAGACGAUGAUGUUCAUAUAGUGGAUUCUCUACCACCAGAAAUGGCGAAAAUUAAGCCAUUUUUGAAGGCUCCAGUAUCUUGGUCUAAGGCCGCUUAUUACGCAGGGGAGAUGGUGCCAUUGUUGAAGAAACACAAAGUGCUAAAAUUUACGCAUACUGAUUCUCGGUUGGUGAACAAUGGUUUAGCCAAUCCAAUCCAGAAAGUACGUUGUAAGGCGAUGUAUGAAGGGCUUAGGUUCGCACUUCCAAUUGAAGAGCUUGGAAAGAAGUUAGUAAAUAGACUAAGAAACAAUAGUACUCCUUACAUUGCUCUUCAUCUAAGAUAUGAAAAGGACAUGCUUGCUUUUACAGGUUGUAGCCACAACUUGACAAGAGAAGAAGCUGAAGAACUUAAGAGGAUGAGAUAUAAGGUGAAACAUUGGAAGGUGAAGGAGAUCGAUAGCAAAUCAAGGCGCUUACGGGGUAGCUGCCCCAUGACUCCAAGAGAGGCUGCUGUGUUCCUCCAAGCACUUGGUUACCCUUCUGACACAAAAAUUUAUAUAGCUGCAGGCGUGAUUUAUGGAAAAGAUCAAAUGAAACCUCUCCAAAGGAAGUAUCGUUACUUGCUCUCACACUCCACUUUGGCCACUGAAGAAGAGCUUCGACCUUUUAAGGAUCACCAGAAUCAACUUGCUGCUCUCGAUUACAUCAUAGCAGUAGAAAGUGAUGUUUUCGUUUAUAGUUAUGAUGGACACAUGGCCAAAGCAGCUCGUGGUCAUCGAGCAUUUCAAGGAUUUCGGAAAACUAUUGACCCAGACAAACAACGAUUUGUGAGAUUGAUUGAUCAACUGGACAAUGGUUUGAUUUCUUGGGAUGAAUUUUCAUCGAGGGUGAAAAGUAUACAUGCAAAUAAAAUUGGAGGCCCACAUCGUAGAAAAGUUCGGCGACACCCCAAAUGGGAAGAAAGCUUUUAUGCAAACCCUUAUCCGGGUUGCAUCUGUGAGGAGACCCCUGAGACAAUGCCAAUGUAA